CGGUGCGUUUGCGUCAUCGCGCCACGCCACCACGGAGCCCGGGUGAAGAUGGCGGCAGCCGUUCUCAGCGGGCCCUCGGCGGGCUCCGCGGCCGGGGUUCCCGGCGGGACCGGGGGGCUCUCGGCGGUGGGCUCGGGCCCGCGUCUGCGCCUGCUGCUGCUGGAGAGCGUGUCCGGGUUGCUGCAGCCGCGCGCGGGGAGCGCCGUGGCUCCGGUACAUCCCCCGGUCCGCUCGGCCGCGCACUUGCCCGGGCUCAUGUGCCUCCUGCGGCUGCAUGGGACGGUGGGCGGGGCCCAGAACCUUUCGGCUGUCGGGGCGCUGGUGGGUCUCAGCAAUGCCCGUCUCGGUUCCGUGAAAACUCGGUUCGAAGGGCUGUGUCUGCUGUCCCUGCUGGUGGGGGAGAGCCCCACGGAGCUGUUCCAGCAGCACUGUGUGUCCUGGCUUCGCAGCAUCCAGCAGGUCCUACAGUCCCAGGACCCGCCCCCGACGAUGGAGCUGGCCGUGGCCGUCCUGAGGGACCUACUCCGGUACGCGGCCCAGCUGCCCACGCUCUUCCGGGACAUCUCCACGAACCACCUGCCCGGCCUCCUCACCUCCCUGCUGGGCCUCAGGCCAGAGUGUGAGCUCUCCGCGAUGGAGGGGAUGAAGGCUUGCAUGACCUACUUUCCUCGGGCUUGUGGGUCUCUCAAGGGCAAGCUGGCCUCAUUCUUCUUGUCUCGCGUGGAUGCUUUGAGCCCUCAGCUCCAGCAGUUGGCCUGUGAGUGCUACGCCAGGCUGCCCUCGCUGGGGGCCGGCUUUUCCCAGGGCCUGAAGCACACGGAGAGCUGGGAACAGGAACUGCACAGCCUGCUGGCCUCCCUGCAUGGCCUGCUGGGGGCCCUGUACGAGGGAGCGGACACGGCCCCCGUGCAGUGUGAGGGCCCCGGGCUGGAUGUGCUGCUCGCGCCCUCGGAAGACGGUGACGCCCACACCCUCCUCCGGCUUCGGCACAGGUUUUCGGGCCUGGCACGCUGCCUGGGGCUCCUGCUCAGCUCUGAGUUUGGGGCUCCCGUGUCCGUCCCCGUGCAGGAGAUCCUAGACAUCAUCUGCCGGACCCUCAGCAUCAGUGCCAAGAAUAUCAGCUUGCUUGGGGACGGUCCCCUGCGUCUUCUGCUCCUGCCUUCCAUCCACCUGGACGCCCUGGACCUGCUCUCCGCGCUCAUCCUCGCGUGUGGAAGCCGCCUCCUGCGCUUCGGGGCCCUGAUCAGCCGCCUGCUUCCCCAGGUCCUCAAUGCCUGGAACCUCGGCAGGGAUGCCCUCCCUCCGGGCCAGGAGAGGCCUUACAGUGCCGUGCGGACCAAGGUGUAUGCCGUGUUAGAUCUGUGGGUGCAGGUGUGCGGGGCCUCGGCGGGAGUGCUGCAGGGGGGGGCCUCGGGGGAGGCCCUGCUCUCCCACCUGCUCAGUGACAUCUCCCCGCCCGCCGACGCUCUCAAGCUGCGCAGCCCCCGGGGGAGCCCUGAUGGGGGACUGCAGUCCGGGAAGCCCAGCGCCCCCAAGAAGCUGAAGCUGGAUAUGGGGGAGGCCACGGCCCCGCCCGGGCACCGGAAGGGGGACAGCAACGCCAACAGCGACGUGUGCGCGGCCGCGCUGAGAGGCCUCAGCCGGACCGUCCUCAUGUGCGGGCCUCUCAUCAAGGAGGAGACUCACAGGAGACUGCACGACCUGGUGCUCCCCCUGGUCACGGGGGUCCAGCAGGGCGAGGUCCUGGGCAGCUCCCCAUAUACCAGCUCCCGCUGCCGCCGGGAGCUGUACCGCCUGCUGCUGGCCCUGCUGCUGGCGCCGUCUCCCCGCUGCCCGCCUCCCCUCGCCUGUGCCCUGCAGGCCUUCUCGCUGGGCCAGAGAGAGGACAGCCUGGAGGUCUCGUCCUUCUGCUCAGAAGCACUGGUGACCUGUGCCGCUCUGACCCACCCCCGCGUUCCCCCCCUGCAGUCCACGGGCCCUGCCUGUCCCGCGCCUGCCCCGGCUCCUCCUCCCGAGGCCCCGUCUCCAUUCAGGGCCCCACCCUUCCACCCCCCGGGCCCCAUGCCCUCCGUGGGCCCCAUGCCCUCCGUGGGCCCCAUGCCCCCGGCGGGCCCCAUGCCCCCCACACGCCCCGGGCCUCCAGCCACAGCCAACCACUUAGGCCUGUCUGUCCCCGGCCUGGUGUCUGUACCCCCCCGGCUCCUGCCUGGCCCUGAGAACCACCGGGCAGGCUCAAACGACGACCCCGUCCUUGCCCCUAGUGGCACCCCUCCACCGGCCGUGCCCCCAGAUGAAACUUUCGGGGGCCGAGUGCCAAGGCCAGCCUUUGUUCACUAUGAUAAGGAGGAGGCCUCCGACGUGGAGAUCUCCUUGGAGAGCGACUCCGACGACAGCGUGGUGAUCGUGCCCGAGGGGCUGCCGCCCCUGCCGCCCCCACCCCCCACAGGGACCACGCCCCCCCCUGCAGCUCCGGCCGGGCCACCGACAGCCUCCCCUCCGGUGCCGGCCAAGGAGGAGCCUGAAGAGCUUCCCGCGGCCCCGGGGCCUCUCCCACCCCCACCGCCCCCCCCCGUGCCGGGCCCCGUGGCGCUGCCGCCACCCCAGCUGGUCCCCGAAGGGCCGCCUGGUGGCGGAGGACCCCCCGCGCUGGAAGAAGACUUGACAGUUAUUAACAUCAACAGCAGCGAUGAGGAGGAGGAGGAGGAGGAGGAGGAGGAAGAGGAGGAGGAAGAAGAGGAGGAGGAGGAUUUCGAGGAGGAAGAGGAGGAGGAAGAGGAGUAUUUUGAGGAGGAAGAAGAGGAGGAAGAGGAGUUUGAAGAGGAGUUUGAGGAGGAGGAAGGUGAGCUGGAGGAAGAAGAGGAGGACGAGGACGAGGAGGAGGAGGACGAGCUGGAGGAGCUGGAAGAGGUGGAGUUUGGCCCGGCAGGCGGCCCGGCCGAAGAAGGGGGCCCUCCGCCCCCCAGCCCGGCCCCUGCCCUGCCCCCUGCCCAGCCCCCCGAGGCCCCGCCCGAGCCCGGAGUGGAGCCCGGGCUGCUGCUGGAGGUGGAGGAGCCCGGGCCCGAGGACGAGCCGGGGGCCGAGGCCGCCCCCACGCUGGCCCCCGAGGUGCUCCCCUCCCAGGGCGAGGGGCAGAGGGAAGCAGGGAGCCCCCCGGCCGGGCCGCCGCCCCAGGAGCUGGUGGAGGAGGAGCCCUCGGCUCCCCCGCCCCUGCUGGAAGAGGGGACUGAGAACGGGGGUGAGAAGGCGCCACCCCCACCGGAGACGCCUGCGGCCGAAGAAAUGGAGGCGGCGGCAGAGGCAGAGACGGCGGCCCUGCAGGAGAAGGAGCAGGAUGACACGGCUGCCAUGCUGGCUGACUUCAUCGAUUGUCCCCCUGAUGACGAGAAGCCCCCAGCGGCCCCCGAGCCUGAGUCCUAGUCUUCCCCUGCGCCCCCCACUCCUGUUUCCAAUAAAGUUGUGUCUUCGGCUAUCGA